GUUUAUAUAAUACCAGGUAGUUGUAAAAGUUUCAAGCUCAAUCGAUUUAAAGCAUCAUACGAAUCAUGUGAUAUAGCUUUUUUAUUUUCAUAAUGGCUACGAUCGUUUAUUUAUUAAUUUGCUUUCUCUUCGAGCACAAAGGAAUAACAGCAAAGUAUUCUCCUGACUGGGACUCAUUAGAUUCAAGACCGUUACCAGAUUGGUAUGACAAAGCCAAAUUUGGAAUCUUCCUUCAUUGGGGAGUAUUUUCUGUUCCAAGUUUUCAUAAUGAAUGGUUUUGGCCACAAUGGAAGUCGAGGCACCCAGCUCCUGAUAUAGUCAACUUCAUGAAACAUAAUUACCGACCUGAUUUUACCUAUGCUGACUUUGCUGCAGAUUUCACAGCAGAAUUCUUUAAUCCAGAUGAAUGGGCAGAUAUAUUUAAAGCCUCGGGAGCAGGAUAUGUUGUCCUGACCAGUAAACACGGCGAAGGCUUUCCAAACUGGCCAUCCAGCCAUUCUUUCAACUGGAAUGCAAAAGCAGUCGGACCUAACAGGGACCUUGUUGGAGACCUAGCUAAUGCUAUAAGGAAUAAAACGGAUAUAAAGUUUGGUACAUACUACUGUAUAUCCGAAUGGCUUCAUCCCUUGUAUAUGAAAGAUAAGGCGAACAACUUCACUACACAAAGCUUUGUAUUGACAAAGGCUUUACCUGAACUAUAUGAACUUGUAAACAAGUACAAACCGGAGAUAUUAUGGGCAGAUCUGGCCGAUGGUCAAGGACCAGCUUCUUACUACAAGUCUAAAGAAUUCCUUGCCUGGUUGUAUAAUGACAGUCCUGUGAAAGACAGUGUUGUCACAAAUGACCGCUGGUGUCAUGAAUGUUUCUGUAAACAUGGGGGAUACAAGACCUGCAGAGAUAAAUGGAAUCCUGGUAAACUGCAGAAAUUUAAAUGGGAAGAUUGUAUGUCGGUGGACAGGCAUUCCUGGGGAUACCGUAGAAAUGCUCCUCUUGAUUCAUAUCUAGAUAUAAACCAAAUCAUCUCAACGUUCGCAUCAACAAUCAGUUGUGGUGGCAAUAUGCUGAUGAAUAUUGGUCCAACGAAGGAGGGAACAAUUAUUCCAGUAUUUGCGGAAAGAUUACGACAGUUUGGAAGUUGGUUAAAAAUAAAUGGAGAAGGUGUUUACGGAUCAGUACCUUGGAGCCACCAAAAUGAUUUCACUACAAAAAAUGUCUGGUACACGAAAAAGAAAACAGAAAAUGAUGGUACCAUGGUAUAUGCAAUAAUGCUUACAUGGCCAGACGAUUCUGUAUUGGUAUUGGGAGCACCAAUACCUUCUCAAUCUACACAAGUCACUAUGCUUGGAUAUGAGGGAACAGUCAACUGGAUAUCAGGACCUGGUGGACAAGGGAUGAAUAUUACCCUACAAAAUAUACCAUGGAAUAAGCUGCCUUCUCCAUGGGCAUGGGUGUUUAAGUUGACUUAUAUAACGAACUAGGCUGUAUGUUAUGCAUGAUAUAUAUAUAUAUGCCCGGUAUACCAGAAAGAGAUUUGUCUAGUCUAGAUGUUAAAGGCACACCAUCAUUCCAAAAACACUACAAGAAAGAGAUUAAUCUAUAUGUUAAAGGCACAUAACAUUCUCCAAUGAAAAUUAUAAUACGACAAACACACCUGUGUAUUGCUCGACUGAUAAAAGCAUCAUGUUUUUGCAAUGUUUGAAUUGUUUUGAUUUUAGAACUAUGUAUUCAUAAAUUAUGACUUAGAUAAAUAUUUAAACAGUAUUUCAAAAGGUGAUAGAUUUGUCUUUAUAAUUGUUCAAUGAACACAUAUUAUGCAUUGUGAUUGUAUCUCUGUAUAUAUAUAUAUAUAUAUAUAUCUUUUUUUCCCUUACUUAUGAAAAUAUUUAUGUGUAUUUUUUUACUUUUUUAUCAACAUCUAUUUAUCUUCUAUUUUCUUUAUUUUAUAUUUACUAUUGUUGUUACAGGAAUAAACAAAUGAAACUUUUGAUGAAAAUACACAAAAAGUGCUCUCUA